AUGACCUCUUCCCACCGCUACUGUACGCUGGCGACCAGCCUGCUGCUGGUCCUUCUCGUGCAGAGCUUCUGCCCCCCCGCGUACGGGGUGGAGCUGUUCGGCUCGGGCAGCCCCAACGCCGUUUCCCACUUCCAGUCGUGGUCAGCGGACUACCAGUUCUCGCGUGACGACGUCAGCCUCACGUACACCGGAGUUGGCACAAAUGUGGCCCUUGACUCCUUCAACCUCGGUACCGAUUUCACGUGCCUAGACCGGGGCAUCACCGACGAGUUCGAGGAGUGCAGCUACCUCCUCCAGCUGCCGUUGGCGGGCCAAGCCAUGGUGAUGGCCUACAACAUCCCCGCCCUCGGCCCCUCCGACCCCAGCAUCGUCCUUGACCGAGACACUCUGGGCGAUAUCUGGGCGUGCGUGGUUACCAAGUGGAACGACACCCGCAUCAAGGACCUCAACCCGGCCAUCGCCAACAAGUUGCCCAGCGAGGAUAUCCGCCUGGGCUACAGCGACAACACGGAGCUCACCGUGGUCGAGGUCUUCAAGCGCGCCAUGGAGAGCUUCAGCGUCAACUUUGCUGAUGUCCUCGCCGCCGCCAACCGGUCGCUUGCGCAGCUGCCGCCAGCCACCGCCGUGCCGCCUCGGGCCUUCGCCCUUGGUUCCUCGGGUGUGCUGCGCACCGAAUGGCUUCAGAAUAACGCCAAUUCGAUGACCUACAUCUACUUGACGGACGCUGUGACCCUACCGGAGGGCUUGCGGGUGAUGAAUAUGUACAAUAAGGCCGGCAACUUCGUCGAUCCCUCGGGCUCGGCCAUGGCCGACUUCAGCGACGACCUCGACGCCGGCAACUUUGCGGUGGACAUCUACGACGGCAAUGGAACCGCCACCUGGCCCAUCUCCUUUCUGGUCUACAUCUCCGUGGCCCGGAACACCACCAAGCUCGACUGCACCUACGUGCAAGAGGCGCUCAACCUUGUCGCCUGGGCUCAGACCAAUGACGCCGCAUCGCGAUCGGCGACGGCGCGAGGCUAUGCUCCGCUGGAUGUCAGUUUCAGGAAGCGGGUGAUCGACCAGCUGCCCACGGUGCGCUGCAACGGGGAGCAGGCCUACACGACGGCCUAUCUGGUCGGCGCCGGCCCGCCGCUGCCGGUCUACACCUCGUGGGCCAUCGCGCGCACGUCGGGUACCACCAAGCUCAAGUUCUUCGAGUCGGAGCCCACGCCGGCCAAGCAGCUGCUGGUCACCUACCAGGAGGACUACGGCGCCACGAGCAACGGCCUGUCGGCCACCUGGUACUCGCUCAUGCCCGACGUCGCGCUCAUGCCGGUCGCGGUCUACGCGAUCGUGCCGGGCUACAACAUACCGGAGCUCGAGGGCAAGACCCUGGUGCUCGACCUGGAGACCAUCGCGCUCAUCUACCUGGCCAACAUCACCAUGUGGUCAGACCAACGCAUCAAGGAGCUCAACACGGCCGACGUGGCCGAUGCGCUGCCCGAUCAGCCGAUCCUGGUGGUGACCCAGAGCGUGGCCUCCGCCACGACGCAGGUCUUCACCGCUCUUUUGGCGAGCGAGGUGCCCGAGUACCACGACCAGAACGACGUAAGCAGAUCGCUGGUCACCAGCAGCCCAACGGGCGUGGUCCCGCUUCUCCAGGCGAAUCAGUACUCGUUCGCCUUCUGGCAGUUCUACGAGAUCCUCGCUGUGCGCACGCUCGGAGCUGCGGCGCUGGUCAACCCGAAUGGUGAGGGAAACGUGGUUGUGCCGACCACGGAGUCGAUUGAGAGCGCCCUCGACGCUUACGCACUGCAGGGCGACUUGUCUUACACUAACCUCAUACUGGCUUCCGAUAACAACAGUUGGCCGCUGGCGGCGUUCGGUUCGUUCUUCUAUCGAAGCCAGACCAUGCAGGACUGCAACACCGCGCGAGCCCUGGCCAGCUUCCUCUACUGGACCCAGACCAACGCCGUGGCGAGGCAGAGCGCCAACCGGCAGGGCUUCAUCUUGGCCACGGCCGCGGAGCCCAUCGAGCGCCAGUUCCUGCGACAGCUGAAGGAGUUCACCUGCAACGGCAUCGCCGUGAGCAACGUCCACGGCUGCAUCGACAACGGCUACACCCUGUGCUCCAGUGCCGGCUACUGCGAAAGCUUCGCCACCGCCGAGGGCUCCGGCUCGUCCGACUCGACCGCCAUCGCUCUCGGCGUUACGAUCCCGGUGGCCGCUUUGGUGGUCUGUCUGCUGUUGGCUCUGAUGGUGGCCCUCCUGAUCGUCAUCAAGCGCAGGAGCGACCAAUCCGACGAUUGGGAGAUCGAGUACGACGAACUCGAGGUCGGCGAACAGCUGGGCGCCGGCAGCUACGGCGCAGUGCACAAGGCCACGUGGAAGGGCACCGAGGUGGCCGUCAAGGUCAUGGGCUCGGAGAAGAUUACCAAGGACAUGGAGAAAACUUCAAGGACGAGGGUGAUGACGUCGUUGAGGCACCCUAACGUGGUGUUGUUCAUGGCCUCGUCGACCAAGGCGCCCAAGAUGUGCAUCGCCAUGGAGUACAUGGGCCUCGGCUCUCUCUACGAUAAAAACAUCUACGGCUCGUGGACUAUGCCGUCGGCCAACUCUUCAUCGACCGGCACCUCUUCACCAUCCAACUCGUCGAAGAACCUCUCGGCCGCUCACGCCGCGGCUGCUGGGGGGGGGGUACGCGCGCCCGAGGGCGAGGUGGCGAUCGUGUUCACCGACAUCACGCGCGCCGCCUCGCUCUGGGAGUUCAACGCAGCGGCCAUGCGCGACGCCACGCUGCUCCACAACGAGACCCUGCGCGCGGCGCUCAAGCGGCACCGGGGCUACGAGGUGGUGUUCAUCCGCGACCGCAACAGCGGCGAGGGCUCGCGAGCGACGCGCUGGCCUGUGCAGCAGGCUCUGCUGGCGGUGGCGUGGCCCGAGGCGCUGCUGGACCACCCUGGCGCGGCCGAGGAGUGGGGCGACACCGACGAUCGUGUAAUGUACAAGGGCCUGCGAGUCCGCAUGGGCGUUCACGUGGGCACGCCCAAGAUUCCCAGAGGUAACAUGAACGAGAAAGAUGUGAACCAUGUUAAGCGCGUUGGUGGUGGUUAA